CCGGGCGGAAGUGGUGCGCGCAGGGACGGCGGCAUGGUGCAGACCAGGAGUGGACGGCAGACCGUGGCCGAGAAGGAGACAGAAUCUAGAUCAAGAACACCGGCCAGCCAAAGAAAGACAAGGCGCAGUAGAGUUGAACCUCUGAGAGAGGUUACGGAAUCUCAGCCUGAAGUACAAGAAAAUGUUGGAGAGAAACAGAUCAUUGAAACUGCAUCGCAGCCUUGUCCAGAGCAGCCAACAGAAUGUAGUGAUAAGGUGGAAGUAAAUGACCAAUGUCCAGAAAGGGCCAUUGGAGAAAAUAAUGCAGAAACUGGAGAGGACAAGCUAAGCAGAACAGAAGUGUAUGAAAUUAACCUGAUUGAUGAAGAGGCAAAUGUUGAGGAACAGAAGGAUACAGAGAAAAAUUUAAAUAAUAAAACCCAAAGUGCAACUCCACCCAUUAUCAGUUUGCAGCUUAGCAGCGAUGAAGACAAAGACAGUUUGGAGGAUGGUGGCAGUGGAAUGUUUUUGGAAGAAUCCAGUAUAAAUAUUACAUCCAAACCUAACGUUUCAUCUGAAUCCUCUGCCUUUAUUCCUAACACAACAGGAAGCCCCUUGGCAACGGGUAGUGACCUGUUUGUGAUUGACAAACGACCAGGAGCAGAUCAGGAUACACAAUAUUACUUGGACUUGAGUGAAGAAAAGGAGGGGAGUGGUGAAAGUGGGGACGAAAAGGAGGGGAGUGUUGAAAGUGGGGAAGACACUGAUGAUAGAGACGGGAAGUCAGAGGAAGAUGAUGAUGACUUUUUUGAUGAAGAUGAACACAGUGAUACUUUGAAGAAAAAUUCUAAUUUAAUCAAAUUGUCAAGCAAAAUUGAUCCAGGACUUAAUCUGACAGAACUAGGUGGUCUAUACAUAAGCUUCGAUCCUGAAAAACAAGGUCCUAAGGCAAAAGCUUUUAAAAAAUUAAAGGAGCAAAAGGAAACUGAUGAGCUGUUGGCAAAUACCAUCCUGACACCAGAAUUUGAAAAACAAGAUAGUGUUCCACUUUUAAAAGAGUCCAUCCGUCAACUGAAGAAAAAACGCAGGGUAGAACGUGCAAAGACAGCAGGUGAUGGCUGGUACAAUAUGAAAGGUCCUGAAAUAACUGAUGAAUUGAAGAAUGACCUGAAGGCACUAAAAAUGAGGGCAGCAAUCAACCCCAAGCGUUUCUACAAGAAGAAUGACCGUGAAGGCUUCCCCAAAUAUUUCCAGGUUGGUACAAUUCUGGACAAUCCAGUAGACUUCUAUCAUUCUCGUAUUCCGAAGAAGGAAAGAAAGCGAACAAUGGUGGAGGAGCUUCUGGCAGAUGCAGAAUUCCGACGGUAUAACAAGAGAAAGUAUCAGCAGAUCAUUGCAGAAAAAACAGCUCUUGCUGCAGGCAAAAAGAAUCGCAAGAAGAAAAAGUUUAAGAAUUAAAUUCUGAAGCAAAACUGACCAAGUGCCUUGUUCUGGAUGAUGUUAUGUUUUCUCGUUGUUACAGCACAGAAGAAGAUUGUUUGAUUAGGCAAGUCAGUGCUUUGAGCAACCCAGUCAACUCCAUUUUCAUGGUCCUGAAAAUCAAUUUCCUUCAAGGACCUGUCUGCUUCCCAUUGAAAUCAUUUUUAAACUCUACUUCCACAGUCCCUGUAGGCUUAGAGUUCUGGGUCAGUAACACUCCCUGUUUAAAAUCAAUAUUUUUCACAUCUUCCCUGUGUCUCUUGUCCAUAUUCUUAAGUCUUUCCCAGAGUCACAACUAAUGUAUUUAAGAAGUGAAAAAGUGCUACUAACUUCCUUGCCCUCCCCUAUUCAUAAAUGCAAAUUAGCUUGUUUGACUAAAUACAGUUUAGGGGAUAAAAGAACUGUUCAGCUGUGCUGAGAUAAAUACAAUGAAAGAUAUUUCACCUUCAAUAAGGCAAUAAAUUGAAACAGUUUGUUGUUUUAAUUAAAUCAUAGCUAUUUAUCAGUUCAUAAGAAUGACAAACAUUAUGUUCAGUAGAUAUUGAAUGCAAGAAUGGGAUUCUUUGCAAUAUUUACAUACUGUAACCCUGAACUUUGUCUGUGUGACAGGCAAUUGCAGUUUUUGAGCUAAUAAGGAAUGCCUUAUAGAAUUAGGCUUGAAUUAGUACUAUGCCCACCUUGAAUUAAAGCUUGUUUAUGAUACUAUAUGAUGCACCCUCUGAAAUUCAUAAAGGUGAAAUGUGAUGUUUCUAAGGCUAUGAUGGGAAAUACUUUGUAAUUUAUGUACUGAAUUAUGUCUAGUUUUAACUAAAUGAGAACUCACCCACUAGAAGAAAUGAUGCACCCACAAGUUUCACCAAGUGGGCUCUUAAUUUCUCUGAUCAUUCAUGAAGAAAGGUUUAUGCUUUAUUUUUCUCAUGCUUGUACUUUUGUUAUACAAGCAAAAUAAAAAUGACAACGUUGUCAAGUUGCAACCUUUGAGCAAGGAAGGUUCAUAUGGUCUUCAAUUUACUCUUAAUUCAAAUGUGUGGACUUGUUUAACUAGCCUCUUGAUUUAUUAGCAUUACUUCAUUCAUCCUAUUGGAUUAUUUCAUUGUUUUUUGAGCAAAACAUAACAUCAAGUUAACGAGAGUAAACCAACUUUGUUUAAGGAUACAGAGCAUUGAGGAGUAAAGCAAUGUAUUGUACAUUUUCUUUCUGUACCAUACUGUAAUUGAUACAUAUUUAUGAAAUAGAGGAUCCAUUCCUUCCUGCGGAGUGACUUAUCCACUUCCUAGCAGAGAAAAUCUGACUUUGAACAAUACAAAUAAAGAUGUAUACAGUAUAGUCAUGAAAAUAUUGAUAUCAAUAAGUUUAGACAAAAUAAGAAUGCUCAAAGAGCAGCACUGUACUUUUUAAAAUACAUUCCUUUUAAAGGCUUCAAACUA